GAUCACACACCAUCGCUUAAUUAGUAUUUGAGAUUCAGAACAAGCAAAAGGUUCUCACUUGGGAAGCAAGUCUAUCUCUCUCCCCUUCCAGAUCCUGCUUCCAUCUCUAUAUAUACAACCCGGGAUCAUCCAUCCUCUUUCAACUUCAACUUGAUUCCUAUAGUUUCUAGUAUUUUGCUCGAAAUUAAACAUGAAGCCCCAGAGCAACCUCACAGUUCUUAUCUUAGUCCUCCUGGUCAUCAUUUCGGUACACUCAACACUGAGUAGAGCCCAGGAAGUUGAGGAUGAGAGAGAGUUCGAUUACGUCAAGGGAAGCGAGAAGGGACCCCAACACUGGGGGGACCUUAAAGAGGAAUGGGCAGCUUGUAAGCAUGGAGAUUUGCAGUCUCCUAUUGACCUGUCGACUCGCAGAGUGAGAGUUAUCCCAAAGUUUGGCUUCAUCAAAACCACAUACAAGACUCAGAAUGCUACGCUCAAGAACAGAGGCCACGAUAUUCAGGUGAAAUGGGAAGGAGAUGCAGGCUCAAUACGCAUCAAUGGCUCUGAUUACUUUCUGCAUCAAGCCCACUGGCACUCGCCUUCCGAGCAUACUAUCAACGGCCGGAGGUAUGACCUGGAGCUUCACAUGGUUCACAGCAGCUCAUCAAACCCAGAAAAGGUGGUGGUUGUUGGACUUCUGUACAAGAUUGGUUGCGCCGAUCCGUUUCUGUCCAAGUUGGAGAAAUACUUAAAGGAAAUGGUGGACGAAAUAGAAGAAGAGGGAAUAGGAAAGAUUCACCCUUUGGAAAUAAGGACGAGGGGCAGAAACUACUAUACAUAUAUGGGCUCCCUCACUGUCCCUCCCUGCACUGAAGGUGUCCUUUGGAUCAUCGACCAUAAGGUAAGAACAGUUUCGAGGGAGCAAGUGAAGUUGCUGAAGGAGGCGGUUCACGAUCACGCAGAGAACAACGCCAGACCUUUGCAGCCUCAUAACGAUCGACAAAUAACACUUCAUGUGCCGAUCAAGAAACCUCGUUAUUAACUGCCCUUGCUAUAAUUUUAAUUUUAAUUUGUUUAUGCUGUAAAUCAUAUAUGAAUAAGUAUUAAUUAAUUCAUUAGCUAUAUCAUGCUAAUGAUGGCUCAUAUGAUGUGAUAUGAUGCCAUUCCUUCUUUUUUUCUUUAUACUGUAUGAGGGGUUUGUUUAUGUUCGGCCGAACUCACCACCUUUAUACUAAAUUUUUACAAUAAUGAAAUAAACAUUCACUUUAUAUAGUA